AUGGGUGCUAACAACAGCCGCGAGGACCUUGAACUCUCAGACUCAGACGCCGAAUCAGAGUCACAAGAUCAAGAAACCGAAGAAGAAGAAGAAGAAUACUACGAAGAUGCCAAAUCGCCGUCUUCUUCUGGGCAUAAAGGAUCCAAAACGCCGUCUUCUUUAGAUGAAGUCGAGGAAAAGCUCAAAGCCCUGAAACUCAAGUAUCCAUCUCACGACCCAUCUCCUAAAAACGCUGUGAAGCUUUAUCUUUAUGUUGGUGCCAACACACCCAAGUCUAAAUGGAUCGUCUCCGACAAGCUCACCUCCUAUUCCUUCAUCAAAACCUCACAAAUUGACACCUCAGACGAUGAAAAUGAGGAAGAAGAGGAAAAUUCUUGGUGGGUGUUGAAAGUUGGGUCCAAAGUUCGAGUUAUAGUCGACGCCCAAAUGCAGUUGAAGUCUUUUGGAGAUCAAAAACGGGUCGAUUUUGUGUCCAGUGGAGUGUGGGCUAUGAAAUUUUUUAGUGAAGAAGAUUACAAAGAUUUUGUUGGUAAAUAUCAGGAUUGUUUGUUUGAGAACACUUAUGGGUUUGAAUCUAAUGAUGAUAAUAAGGUUAAGGUUUAUGGGAAGGAUUUCAUUGGGUGGGCGAAGCCAGAGGUGGCGGAUGAUUCUAUGUGGGAGGACGCAGAUGAUGGUUUAUUGAAAAGUCCUAAUUCAGCCACACCCGUGAGAGCGAGUCAGGAUUUGAGGGAGGAGUUUGAGGAGGCCGCGAAUGGUGGGGCGAUACAGAGCCUGGCUUUAGGUGCGUUGGAUAAUAGUUUCUUGGUUGGCGAUUCGGGUAUUCAGGUUGUGAAGAAUUUUAGUCAUGGAAUCCAUGGAAAAGGCGUUUAUGUAAAUUUUGAUAAGGGAAGGCAAAGUUUGGUGCAUUCGGCUCCAAGGAAGGCUCUGCUUAUGAGGGCAGAGACUAAUAUGUUACUUAUGAGUCCUGUGACUGAUGGGAAACCACAUACAAGGGGGCUUCACCAUCUUGAUAUUGAGACGGGGAAGAUUGUUACUGAAUGGAAGUUUGAGAAAGACGGGACUGAUAUUACUAUGAGGGAUAUAACAAAUGAUAAUAAAGGAGCUCAAAUGGAUCCUUCAGGUUCAACGUUUUUGGGAUUGGAUGAUAAUAGGUUGUGUAGGUGGGAUAUGAGAGAUAAGCACGGGAUGGUUCAAAAUCUUUCAGAUGCUAGCACUCCUGUUUUGAAUUGGACUCAGGGGCAUCAGUUCUCAAGAGGGACUAAUUUUCAAUGCUUUGCUACCACUGGUGAUGGCUCGAUUGUUGUUGGGUCACUUGAUGGAAAGAUCCGGUUGUAUUCGAGCAGUUCUAUGAGGCAGGCUAAAACUGCUUUUCCGGGGCUUGGUUCACCUAUUACUCAUGUGGAUGUUACCUUUGAUGGUAGGUGGAUAUUGGGCACAACUGAUACCUAUUUGAUUCUUAUCUGCACUGUGUUUGCUGACAAGGAUGGGAAGACAAAGACUGGCUUUGCUGGUCGUAUGGGGAAUAGAAUUGCUGCUCCGAGGUUGUUGAAGCUGACUCCUUUGGAUUCACAUAGGGCUGGAGUGAAUAAUAAGUUCCAUGGUGCUCAAUUCUCAUGG